AAUAAAAACCCUAAUCCAAAUGGAAGACAAGGACUGUGUGAAGAAGAGAAAGAUCAUAAAAUAUUAAUAUUAAUAAAAGAAGAGAGAAUUAGAAAUGAAAGUAAAGAAACCGGCAAAGAUGGUGGAGGGAAUAGUUAUAGUAGAAUUAGAAGAAGAAGAAGAGGAAGAAGGAGUGCAGAAGAAGAGAAGAGAUUUAGAGAUGCGUGCAAAUUCCGGACGAAAGGGAACCCUCUCCGUAUUUCUCCUCAUUUUCCCUCGUAUUUAAUCCUAUCUUUACUUCUUUUUUACUUUUCUUUCUUCCUCGUAUGAUUCUGUCGAUCUGGUUAUGCAUUCUUGAUGAUUCGGGGACUGGUUAGAUUUUAGGGAGGGUUUUCUUUCUUUCUUUUUUCGUUUUUUUUUUUUUUUUUUUUCUUCUUUGAACUCUAUUGCUUUGUUGUCGUUGGAUAAUCUUGUGACUUUAUUGAAAUAGAUUUAGGUGUAAAUAGUGCUAGAUUUGCGGUAUCAUUUGAAUCUAUUUAGUUCCAGGGCUUUCCUCCGAGAAUAUAUUUUGCAAUUUUUGGAGGAUUUUCUUUCCCUUUCUUACAUUAAGUCUCAUCAAUACACUAAACCCACCAAAAAAAAAAAAUACAGCCCUUGAUCACCCACCCCUUUUAUUGUGGGUUCCCAUUUUACCAAUCUAUUAUCCCUUUCACUAUACCAGAAUAUCUGAUCAAUUUGUCAACUGUUGUUGUUGGAUUUUUGCUGUUUGUAUUCUUUUUAUCAUACUCAAACUCAAUUUACAAGAAGAAGAAGAGGAAGAAUAAAUUGGGGUUUAUACUGGGUUAUAAUUCUUGUUGGGGUUUUCUGCAUUCUAUGGGAAUACCUGAUACUUCACUAACAGAUCUACUAGACAAGGUUAAGUCUUGGAUUUCGUGGGGAACAAACGGUCUAUCACCAUCUUCUUUACCUGGUGAGUUUCAGAUAGGCUAUAGCAGUCUCAGAAUGUGUUGCGAGUGUGAUACAAGCUUCACUGGCCUUUCCAGUGGACACCACUGUCUAAGUUGCGGUAGGUGGCUGUGCAUCAAAUGUGCUCGGGCCUAUGAAGCUCCAGCUGUUAUUGAAUCCAGUGAUGUGAAAAGCAAUGGUGAUUUCAGGGAUAGUAUCAAGUCCUGCAAGUUCUGUAUUGGGCUUCAUGUGAAACAUGAAGGUGGGAGGAAGAAUAGUGAAAAAGUGCAUCCCUCAGAGUCUCCCCGAGAGAGCCCUGAGCCUCCAUCUCCUUCUUUUAGUGGUGAAUCAAUCCGGAGUGAUAACCUUUCUCCCUAUCUUGAAUCAAGGGAUAGUGUUUAUUCUCCCCUUGCAGUAACCACCAGGAGUAUGACCUCAUUUAGUGCUCACCCAUCUCUGUUGUCUCAUCGAAACUCUCCUAGCAGGAGUGAUGAAGAAGAAGCAGAAGAUUCAGAGAAGCACUUUUACAGCCCAUCAAGUGAAUAUUGUCAUGAUGUAUCAGAUAUAGAUGCAAGUAGUAUUAGUGCUAGACUUGAGUUCUACAGUUGUAAGUCAGUAGGAUCAAGUCCUUUAGGCAGCCCUUCUAGGAUUGAUUUUAAUUCCCACCGAGUUUGGCGUCCUGUACAGCAGGAGCAAGAGGGAAGCUCGUUCUCUCAAUUUGAUGGUUCCUUUGAUCAAGAAGCUGUGGCUAUUUUAAGCAGGCCUGACAAAGGGAUUGGGGAUUUCAAAAAUACUGAUGAUUACUCUAAUCUGUCAUUUCUGCCAAAACAAUGUGACAAGUCUAGAAAACCAUUGGAUUUUGAAAGUAAUGGUUGUAUCUGGUUUCCUCCACCUCCUGAGGAUGAAAAUGAUGAGGCAGAGAGUAGUUUCUUCACAUAUGAUGAUGACGAUGAUGAUAUUGGGGAAUCAGGUGCAUUGUUCUCAUCCACCAGUAGCCUCUCUAAUAUGUUUCCAUCAAAGGAGAAACAGAAUGAGGGUAACAAGGAGCCUAUCAGAGCUGUGAUACAAGGGCAUUUUAGGGCUCUUGUGUCCCAGCUUCUACAUGGGGAUGGUAUCGAAGUCAGCAAAGCAGAUGGUGGUAAGGACUGGCUUGACAUAGUCACAGCAAUAGCAUGGCAAGCUGCAAAUUUUGUGAAACCGGAUACUAGCAGAGGAGGCAGUAUGGAUCCUGGUAAUUAUGUAAAGGUUAAAUGUAUAGCAUCAGGACAUCCAAGGGAUAGCGCCCUUGUGAAGGGAGUAGUUUGUACAAAAAAUAUAAAGCAUAAGCGCAUGACUACACAAUACAAAAAUCCCAGAUUACUUCUUUUAGGAGGCUCACUUGAAUAUCAGAGUGUUGUGAAUCAGUUGGCAUCUUUUAAUACAUUGGUUCAACAGGAAAAUGAUCAUCUGAAGAUGAUUAUGUCAAAAAUAGAGGCUCUUCGUCCAAAUGUUCUGCUUGUAGAGAAGAGUGUAUCUCCAUAUGCCCAAGAAUAUCUAUUGGCAAAAGAAAUUUCUUUGGUGCUCAAUGUGAAAAGGCCACUACUGGAGCGGAUAGCUCGAUGCAUGGGUGCUUUUAUUAGUCCUUCAAUUGACAAUAUUUCUACAACACGAUUGGGGCACUGUGAACUGUUCCGAGUAGAGAGAGUAUCUGAAGAACAUGAGAGUGCCAAUCAGUUCAACAAAAAGCCUUCUAAAACAUUGAUGUUUUUUGAAGGAUGUCCAAGGCGUCUAGGAUGCACGGUCCUGCUGAGAGGUGCAUGCCGUGAAGAACUAAAGAAGGUUAAGCGUGUUGUGCAGUAUGCAGUUUUUGCAGCUUAUCAUUUGUCCCUUGAGACUUCCUUUCUUGCUGAUGAGGGUGCAAGUCUUCCUAAGAUGACACCUAAACGAUCAUUUGCUAUACCAGAGAGUACAACAACUGAUAGUGCCAUUUCACUUAUCCCUUCAACUGAUUGCCAUGCCACUGCUAGUGCCUUAGCCAGGGAUGAGGAGCCUCUGUAUCUCAAACCAGAGGUUGUAGGUUUAGAAUCAUCAAUAUCCCUUGGUACUAGCAAUAUUCUUCCUUUAUUUGCCAGUACUCAGGAUUGUAGGUUUGUAAGUGCACCAUCUGAUGCAUACCAUGAUAAUUUAGAGUCCAAAAUGGGAUUGGACUCACUUGAUACAAGUAAAUUUGAGGAUCAGAAGAUGCUUAUGAUGCCUCCUUCAGAUGUUAAAAAUGUUUCACGACCAGAAUUGCAAGAUACCAUUGCUCAAGAGGAAAGGCAGCUUGGGGAGGCUUGCAAAUCAACAAAACUGGAGGGGAUUGAUGAAGAUAAAGUCUCUAGUGAAUACUUCUCAACCGCCGAUGCACACCAGAGCAUAUUAGUAUCUUUUUCAAGUCGUUGUGUGGUGAAAGGAACUGUAUGUGAACGCUCUCGUCUCCUGCGCAUAAAGUUCUAUGGAUCUUUUGACAAACCACUUGGAAGAUAUCUGCGUGAUGACCUGUUUGAUCAGACAUCCUACUGUAGGUCUUGUAAGGAGCUAGCUGAAGCACAUGUCCUAUGUUACACUCACCAGCAGGGAAAUCUUACUAUCAAUGUUAGAUCCCUUUCCUCAGUUAAACUACCUGGGGAAAGAGAUGGUAAGAUAUGGAUGUGGCAUCGGUGUCUAAGAUGUAAUCAUAUAGAUGGAGUCCCACCAACAACUUCUAGAGUGGUUAUGUCAGAUGCUGCAUGGGGACUUUCUUUUGGAAAAUUUUUGGAGCUGAGCUUUUCAAACCAUGCAACUGCUAAUCGUGUGGCUCCCUGUGGCCAUUCAUUGCAGAGGGACUGCCUUCGUUUCUAUGGGUUUGGGAACAUGGUUGCAUUCUUCCGCUAUUCCCCCAUUGAUAUACUCAAUAUUCAUUUGCCCCCAUCAGUGCUUGAAUUCAAUGUCCAUAUUCAGCAAGAGUGGAUAAGAAAAGAGGCAGCUGAGCUUUUGGGCAACAUAGAAGCCUUCUAUGCUAAGAUAUCUGAUGCACUUGACAGCAUGGAACAGAAAAGUAAGUAUUUUGGAAAUGAGCUGUCAGAUAUGACUGAACUACAGAAUCACAUCAUGGAGCUGAAAGAUCAACUUAGAAAGGAAAGAAAUGAUUACACUGGCAAGUUACAAGUGGCCGCUGUGGAGGACUCACAAUUUCAGGGAAUUUCAGACAUUCUAGAACUUAAUCACCUGAGACGUGCUCUUCUAAUUGAUUCACAUGUUUGGGAUCGUCAGCUUUAUUCAUUGCAUUCUCUCUUGAAGACACAUUUUGUUGUCAACGUGGUACAUGGGGGAACAUCAAAUUCACAGCUGAAAGAGUUGAGAGGUGAUAUAUCUUGUGAUGGCUCCAAGCUUGACUAUGGUCAUGUAGAAAAUGUCCCUGGCUAUUCAAAAACACCAGAUUCUGUUGGGAAUGAAUCUCUGUCAGAGCAGAAUAAGAAUAGCCAGUCCUUCCAACAUUUGGUCAAUGAAGAUUCUAUGUUGGCUUUAUAUCAUCAUCACAGUGAGGAGGAAGUACAUUCAGAUGGGGAAAUUACUUUAGGCAACACAUCCUUUGAUGAUAUCCCCUCCAGCCCAUCCAAUCUGUCUGAUAGAAUUGAUUCUGCAUGGACAGGUACUGAUCAACUUCUGACAAAAAUUCAACCUCCUCAUGUGUCCCAGACAGAUGAUUUGCAAUUCGGGUCAGUUAGACAGAUAAUUGUGUGUGAUAAUCCUCCUUUUAAAAGGGUGCUGGCACCAAUAAGAGGUCAUUCUUUUGACUCUGCUUUGAGAGUCCGAGAAAGAGUCCAGAAAGGAUUGCCUCCAUCAUCAUUGUAUUUGUCAAAUCUCAAGUCUUUCCAUGCAUCUGGGGAUUACAGGAGGAUGGUGAGAGAUCCUAUUUCAAAUUCAAUGAUGACUUAUUCUCCAAAAUUGUCAUUGGAGACACAAAAAUUGAAUUUAAUGCCCAGUGCUGCACCCACAGUUGUCUCAUCUGGAUCUAAUAUGGCUGGAGGAGCUCGGUUGUUGCUUCCUCAAAGGAGCCACAAUGAUAUUGUUAUUGGUGUGUAUGACGAUGAUCCUGCCAGCAUGAUAUCACAUGCCCUUAGUUCCAAGGAAUAUGAGGAUUGGGUUGCUGACAAGUCUAAUGAGAAUGAAGGAAGCUGGAGUAUGAAUGAGCAUUGCAAGGAAAAUUCUGCAACUUCCACAUUUUCAGCCUGGCAGUCUUUUGGUUCUGUGGACAUGGAUUAUAUCCAUCAUGGAAGUUAUGGGUCAGAAGAUCCUUCAACAUCCCUUGGUACACUGUUCAUGGAUUCCAAAAGAUCUCCACAUUUAACAAUAACUUAUGCUGAUGAUUCUUCAACUGCUCUUGGCAAAGUAAAGUUCUCUGUCACUUGUUAUUUUGCUAAGCAUUUCGACUCUCUCCGGAAGAAAUGCUGCCCCAAUGAAGUUGAUUUUCUGCGUUCAUUAAGUCGCAGCCAUAGAUGGAGUGCACAAGGGGGAAAAAGCAAUGUAUAUUUUGCCAAGUCAUUGGAUGAGAGAUUUAUUAUAAAACAAGUCAAAAAGACUGAGCUGGACUCUUUUGAAGAAUUUGCAUCAGAAUACUUCAAAUACUUGACAGAUUCUCUUAGUUCAGGAAGUCCAACUUGCCUUGCGAAAGUUCUUGGUGUUUAUCAGGUUUCUGUAAAGCACUUGAAAGGUGGCAGGGACAUGAAAAUGGAUCUAAUGGUGAUGGAAAAUCUGUUUUUUAGGAGAAAUAUUGCAAGGGUCUAUGAUCUCAAGGGUUCAGCCCGAUCACGCUAUAAUCCAGAUGCAACUGGGAAGAACAAAGUACUUUUAGACACAAACCUGGUAGAAACACUACGAACGGAGCCCAUAUUUCUUGGAAGCAAGGCAAAGAGAAGCCUGGAGAGAGCUAUAUGGAACGAUACAUCUUUUUUGGCAUCUGUUGAUGUUAUGGACUACUCUUUGCUGGUUGGAGUGGACAAUGAGAGAAAGGAGCUGGUUGUGGGUAUCAUUGAUUUCAUGAGGCAAUAUACAUGGGAUAAGCAUUUAGAGACAUGGGUUAAGGCAUCUGGAAUACUUGGUGGUCCAAAAAAUGCUUCCCCAACUAUUAUUUCUCCAAAACAAUACAAGAAGAGAUUUCGAAAAGCAAUGACUUCUUAUUUUCUCACAGUUCCUGAUCAGUGGUCUUCAUAAUAAGGCAAUGGUGUCCAAAGAAUCAUUUGUUCAUAAUAAGGCAAUAGUGUUCAUAGUUAGAGAUAAAUGGGAAGGGAGACCAAUCCAUCCCAGUGAAAAUUGUAGUCCAGUUUGGGAAUAGAAAUAGAAAUUCUUCGUUGAGGUCUUUGUACAUCUUUUUUAAUACAUGUACAAGAAUUACCUCGAAGAAUAGAAGGUUUUUUAAUCUGAUUUUAUUCGCAAUAUACUCUAUUGCGGGUAAGGAAAGGCUCCUAGAUUGUCUGAAGACAAUUUUAACUGAUACCCAUGUUUUCCUUCCAUUACGAAAUGAAUGAAAUUAAUGUUUACUUGUUA